CCAUGAAUAAAAUGCUUGUUUUUUCUCUCCUCUUUUUCUUCUUUCUUCUUCCCGCUUUAGUUUCUUCAGAAUGUACUUGCGAUGAAGAUGCCGAUGACCGGGAUAAAAUCGAAGCGUUGAAGUAUAAAUUGGUAGCCGUCGCUUCCAUUUUAAUUGCCGGUGCUAUAGGCGUAUCGAUUCCAAUUCUCGGAAAGGUAAUUCCGGCUUUUCGCCCUGAAAAUAAUGUGUUUUUUCUAAUCAAGGCUUUUGCGGCCGGAGUGAUUUUGGCUACCGGAUUUGUUCAUAUACUACCGGAUGCAUUCGAAAGCUUGUCUAGUCCUUGUCUUCCGGAAAAACCAUGGGGAGAGUUUCCAUUUGCUGGAUUUAUAGCUAUGAUUUCCGCCAUCGGAACGAUGAUGGUGGAUUUAUUAGCGACGAGUUUUUAUAAGAAUUCGAAUCUUACGAAACAAAAGCCUGUGAAUAGUGAUGAAGAAAAAGAGGUACAUGUGCAUACCCAUUCAACUCAUGGACAUGCUCAUGGCUCUGUUAUGUUGACGUCAUCGGAGGGUAACGAUGAAUUGGAUUUAUCGCGUCGGAGAGUUAUCUCACAGGUAUUGGAAUUGGGAAUUUUGGUGCAUUCAGUAAUAAUUGGUGUGUCUUUGGGUGCCUCAGAAUCUCCCAGGACAAUUAAGCCUCUAGUAGCUGCAUUAACUUUUCAUCAGCUCUUUGAAGGCAUGGGUUUAGGUGGCUGCAUUGCUGAGGCGAAAUUUAAGAUUAAAAGAGCUGCAUUGAUGGCAAUUUUCUUCUCCCUAACAACACCAAUUGGAAUUGCAAUUGGUUUUGGAAUAUCAACAGUGUAUAGUGAAACAAGUCCAACUGCACUCAUGGUAGAAGGCAUUUUCAACUCUGCUGCUGCUGGGAUUUUGAUUUACAUGGCUUUAGUGGAUUUACUUGCAGCAGAUUUUAUGAGCAGUAGAAUGCAAGAUAGUCCUAAACUUUUAAUGGGAGCUAAUAUAUUUCUUCUUUUUGGGGCGGGUUGUAUGUCACUUUUAGCUAAAUGGGCUUAAAAUAAAGUAUAGUAAGUAAUAAUUUCAAUCAUUUUUGUAAUCUUGAUUGAUUAAUUAAUACCCAUAACUAAAUAUGGACAAAAUUAAUCUUAAUCUUAGAAGGUUCUUUAUUUUUAGCUUUUGCUUUAAAGAAAAAAGAAUGUUGGAAUUGGAUGAAAUUUAGCAAGA